AUGCCACCCCCAAAACCACUGGGAAACUUGAAAGGAAAGGACGCAAUCGAGACACUUUAUGAUUGUUGCGAUUACGAGCCUCAGCGUAGCCACGACGAAUUCUGCAGUAUAGUCCUCUCCCCCGGAGACGGCGAGACACUGCGAGGUUACCUCAGUUUGGGCCGAAUGAAUCACACUGCACUUGUGCUUUUCGAUAAACGUCCAACGGAAGCUUCAACACGCAAAGUACCAUUCAGAUGGCGCGGCAAGACAAUGUUCAAUAAGUUCAGAGUUUUCAGAGAUGGCAAGAUCGAGGUUUCUUUUGAUAAGCUCAAACUCGAGCUCGUGGCGCAGAAAGAUCGGGGGAUUGGUGAAAGGGGCAAGCAUAACGCAGCAGUGUUUUGGGACGAUUGGCAUGAGUUGGAUGAGGAAAGCCUGAACUUGCUUGAUAUUGACAGAAUGAUGCCACCUGAUUGGUAG